GCGCGGCCGCUCGGGAGGCGGGGCGUGACCCGGGGUUUGCUGUGCCCCCCGCAGCCGAUCGGCGCGUUUCUGUGGCGGGGAUGAGCAGGAGGGUGUCCCGUCGUGUUCCGUGUUCUUUUUUCCUCCGAAGUUUGCAGCUUCAGAACCGCGAUGUGAGCCCACACCUGGAGCCCGGGUUGUUCGUCCCUUUCGGAUAUAAAUCAGAUAGUUAAUUUCCUUCAGCCCUCGUUGGCCCCAUUUUGUUCCUUUUAUUUCUAUGUUUUAAUGUCUAUGCGACAGGUAAAAGGACACAGAAAAGAAGAUGGAUUGGGGAUCUCUGCAGGCUGUUUUGGGAGGUGUGAAUAAACACUCCACCAGCAUUGGGAAGAUAUGGCUCACAGUCCUGUUCAUCUUCCGUAUCAUGAUCCUGGUUGUGGCUGCAGAGAGAGUCUGGGGAGAUGAACAACAAGAUUUUGUCUGCAAUACUCUUCAACCUGGGUGUAGAAAUGUUUGCUAUGAUCACUUUUUCCCCAUCUCUCACAUCAGACUCUGGGCCCUGCAGCUGAUCUUCGUUUCCACCCCUGCACUGCUGGUAGCCAUGCACGUGGCUUAUACCAGGCAUGAGAAGAAAAAGCGUUUCAGAAAUGGUGAGAAAAUUAAUAUUGAAGAGCUGAAAAAUGAAAAGAUUCACAUUCGAGGUCCCCUGUGGUGGACAUACACCAGCAGCAUCUUCUUCAGGAUCGUCUUUGAAGCAGUCUUCAUGUACGUGUUCUACUACAUGUACGAUGGGUACCAGAUGCCUCGUCUGGUGAAGUGUGAUGCUUGGCCCUGCCCCAACACAGUGGAUUGUUUUGUGUCUCGGCCUACUGAGAAAACCACGUUUACUAUUUUCAUGCUUGCUGUAUCUGGGAUCUGCAUGAUGUUGAAUCUGGCUGAGUUGUGUUACUUAGUGAUAAAAAUUUGCCUGAAAGAAUCUGGGAAAACAACAAUUCUAAAAUAGUUCUCCUGUUGCGUGAUUGCUUGGCUCCCCAGAUCCCCUCAAAAUUUACUUAGGUGUCAGAAAACAAUUGGCAAUAUUUUCACACUUGAGGAAAAGGAUAAAAGUAAAUGGACAUAUUUUUAUGAUAGUCUCUCUGGGAAGCUGCCACUGAGGCAGGUUUUAAGACUGUGAUCUAGUUUGGUAUUCCUGUAUUCACAAAUAGGGAGAUUGGCUUUCUUGGCCUGUACCUUUUCCAAGUAUGCCUCCUGCUGCGAUGGUCACUUUUUGAAAAGUGGGAAUGAGAAGGUCUAGUGCCACACAGAAAGAGGGACUGCGAACAGAUUCCAUCAAAUGAUUGUUCCCUAUGAGACAGGGCACUGUGCUUUCCUGCUCUGUUUCUCCCCAGCAUGCUGUGAAGGAUCUCAGUACAGUAGAUUUUAUUUGAUGAUGAGACUUUUACUCAACUGGGCUUCCUUCAGCAGUGUUUUUUUUUUGUUUGUUUGCUUGUUUGUUUCCCAGUAAGGUUCAAAAAACUGCCUUGUUGUUUUGCUCUGGUUCUUCUGGUUAUUUUCCAGGGGAAAACACCUUCAAAACCUAUAACAUGAUAAGCAGCAGCUCAUACCUAUUGAUGCUCUGUCAGCCUUUUUUUUUUUUUUUUUCUUCCCUAUUCAUCCUGUAUAGCUUUUCUUCAUAAAACCUUCAGUUCUGAUUUGGUGCACCUUUUAAGUAGCUGCACCAACUCCCGGUCUCUGUGGCAUUCUACACAGUGAGACUGAAACGCCUUUUCUCUUGUUACCAUAGGAUCAGCAAGAAUUACAGACAACUUGCACAGCUGAAAUAGCAGUUUCCCAAUCAGAAAUCGGGGAACUUGAAAACUUGAUGUUCACAUUGCUGAGUUGUAAAUUGUACAUAAUUAACUUGAACUAUGUGAGUCAGUCUCAUCUCUCCAGAGCAAUCUCAAAACAUGUUCUGUUUUAUGCCUGUCAUUGGCAGCUAUACCAGCAGAUGCAGCAAUGCAGUGUACCUCCUUAGUGCUUGCCCACUGAAUACAGUUCCAGUAAACUGACUCUUCGUCUUUAGCUUUAAUAAUGCUCCUUCAUUUGGGAGGAAAGCUAGUUACCUUAGGUUCUCUUUUUGCAGCCAUCUCCUCAAAUACUUUUAUCACUUCUGGAUAAACAAAGCUGCCUGAAUUAAGACUCAUGACCUUUCGCUGUGCACUGGAAGUGGAGCACAAGCAGGCUGCCACUGCUCGUGUGCUUAUCCAGUGUUACAAACUGACUGCAGAUGGAAGUCGUUCAUCAAACGUAGUAACAGGGAAAAAAAAAAGACUGCAUCCUUAGAAGUAUGAACAAAAAAAAUGUGAAGUCAUUAAUGAUGAGCUGAACUGGAAACUUGCUCUGUGAAAACAUCCUUAAUUCAACUCUAAAUAACAAAGCUUAGCACAUAUUGGGUUUGUGCUUGGUAAAGUUCCUGCAUUGUUCUGUGUACAAGUACAAAGAGAACAAACUAUCUACACUCCCAGUGCUCUAGUAUUACAUUUCUUUUGUAACAACUAGAUUUUUAUUUUUUUCUGAAAUCAUAAUUAAAGGACAUUUGUAGUGUCCAUUUUCUGUAUUACUUACAUGUGCCUGACAUGUCUGAUGAAAAUCUGUUUACCGCAGUAGAAAACGAAUGCAGCAAUAAUACAUUUAAUAGCUGGGAGCUACUGUAAGCAUUUUAGCCUUCUGCCACAGGUUGUUUUUCAAUCUGUUACACUGCCUUUGCUAUCAGUUACAUCCUGCAGACCUUGUGAGCCUAUAGUGUAAGGCCAUAUGUGUGAUCUAUGCUAGAAAACAAAUGCAUUGUGUAAAUCAGUCUUGUACUAGUGAAACUCUAGCUGGAAAUGGCUCACAGUAAACAACAUAACCUCCCCAGUGAGGAGAGAGCUUCUUUUCCCAUUGUGCUCUUAAGUAGAACUGAACUUUAACUGGAAUGCAGUGCACCAAAACUGGCAACACCAACAAGAUAAGGUUAAUUAAUUAUCUUCAGCUAGUAGUUUGGCAACCAGAUAUCAUACAGGGAGAAAAAGAUAGCAAUUGGGAAAGUUGCUGAAAGUGACCGAGAGGACAUUGAUCCAGCUGUAGCAUUAGGUGUAAUAGCUUUACCAGGAGAUGUUUAUUGUCUCUGAGAUUUCUGUUUAUAUGCGACUAAACAUCUACUUUGUAAGAAAACAAAAAAAAAGUUGUUCAGAUACUUAAUAGGAAUUAUGCCCUUUACACCUAUUUCUGUGUGCUACACUGCAUGGUUGUCAAAUAAUAGAUUUCGUACAGAU